CACACAACUCUUCCCACACUCCCUCAGUCCCUCUCAUCGUAUCCCGUGAGUGUUUAUUUGUGACUCUAACAUUUUCUUAGCUUAUAAAAAAAAUGGGAUCUGAGGGCGCCACGCUGGGCCAGUCGCCUCUGCCUCACGUGCUACUCGUCUCGUUCCCGGGUCAAGGUCACGUGAACCCGCUGCUGAGGCUCGGCAAGCGGGUCGCCAGCAAGGGCAUUCUGGUCACGUUCUCCGCGCCGGAAUCCGUCGGGAGAGACAUGAGGAAGGCCAACCCCAACAUCGCCUCCGGCGAGCCCACGCCGUACGGCCUGGGCUUCGUCCGGUUCGAGUUCUUCGACGACGAGUUCGACCACGCCGAGCCCAAAGGCGACGACCUCGUCUACUACAUGAACCAUCUGGAGCGGGUGGGGUCGCAGAAGAUCACCCUCAUGGUCAAGAAAUACGAGGAGGAGGGCCGGCCGGUUUGCUGUCUUAUUAAUAACCCGUUCAUUCCUUGGGUGUCUGACGUGGCGGAGAGCCUCGGGAUUCCCAGUGCUAUGCUUUGGGUCCAAUCCUGCGCUUGCUUCUCCGCAUACUAUCACUACCACCACAGCCUCGUUCCCUUCCCUUCGGAAUCCGAACCGGAGAUCGACGUCACCCUUCCCGCCAUGCCGGUGUUGAAGUACGAUGAGGUCCCUAGUUUCCUGCACCCGUCGAGCCCGCUUGGGGUUCUCGCCGGGGCUAUUUUGGGACAGUUCAAAAAUCUGUCCAAGCCGUUCUGCGUCCUCAUGGACACGUUCGAGGAACUGGAGGGCGAUGUGAUCGGGCACAUGUCCAAGAUAUGCCCGAUCACGACUGUGGGGCCCCUCUUCAAGGACCCCACGCACCAGUCUUCUUCUGAGGUGGUCCGGGCCGACUUUGUCAAGGCUGACGACUGCCUCGGCUGGCUGGACACGAAGCCCCCGGCUUCCGUGGUUUACAUUUCCUUCGGGAGCAUUGUCGUGUUGAAGCAGGAACAAGUUGAUGAGAUUGUCCACGGCUUGCUGAGCUCCGGGGUGAGUUUCCUGUGGUCCAUGAAGCCCCCGAGCAAAGGGUCGGCUUUCAAGCCGGUGAGCUUGCCAGAAUGGUUCUCAGAGAGAGCAGGGGAUAACGGCAGGGUGGUCCAGUGGAGCCCGCAGGAACGGGUUCUGGCCCACCCGUCCGUGGCCUGCUUCGUGACCCACUGCGGGUGGAAUUCCAGUAUUGAAGCCCUCACAAUGGGGGUUCCAAUAGUGGCGUUCCCGCAGUGGGGCGACCAGGUCACCAAUGCCAAGUUCAUGGUGGAGGUGUUCAAGACCGGCGUCAGGCUAUGCAGAGGGGAGGCGGAGGACCGGAUAGUUCCCAGGGAGGAGAUCGAGAGGUGUUUGGUGGAGGCCACGGGCGGGGCGAAGGCGGAGGAGACGAAGGCGACUGCACUCAAGUGGAAAAAGAUGGCGGAGGAGGCGGUGGAAGACGGCGGCUCCUCCGACCGGAACCUGCAGGUGUUUGUCGAUCAAAUACUCUCCCUGUCGUCUGGAGAUUGUACGAUUCGACUACGUUAAGGAACAGUAAUACUUAAUUACUACUCCCAACCCACAACAAUAAUUAUUUCGGGAGGUCAAACAGAAAAGGAAAAAAGAGUUUGGAAGCUGAUGAUGAGGUCCCAGGAGACGAUAUUUAUUUAUCGUCCUUUAUUUAUUGUCAUUGAUGGGUGGUUUGCAUGUACUCAUUUUAUUUGUAUUCGUUGGGUUUGUUUGGUAUUUGUUGUAUAGGCAUGUUUAGUUCCCACUUCAGUUUGUCGUGAAACCAAAUAAAAGUGCAUGGUUCGU